UUUCUAGAGUUUGGUGUUUCCUUCGUUCUUCCGGGCUAAGGAUACAUUUGUUCUGCUGUUGGAAUAGUUAAACAACAAAGAUCUACAAACUGGAACGAACACAAUGUCCGCGGUGGCACUACUUCUAAUACUGGCUUCCGUUUAUGGAAAAGCUGCAGCGGAAAAACAACUAAUUCAUGUUACUGUGCUGUUUCGACAUGGAGAUCGGUCGCCAAUCAGAUCUUAUCCCACUGAUCCAUACCAAGAAGACUCCUGGCCGCAGGGCUUUGGACAGUUAACACCGAAGGGGAUGAGGCAGCACUUGGAGCUGGGACAGUUCCUGAGGAAUCGAUACAAAGGAUUCCUACCAGAAUCCUACUCCAGAUAUGACGUUUCGGUUCGGAGCACAGACGUUGAUCGGACUCUGAUGAGCGCUGAGGCCAACCUGGCAGGUCUCUACCCCCCCAAUGGAUCCUUUGACCCAACCCUAAACUGGCAGCCUAUUCCUGUCCACACCGUGCCUGCAGCUGAAGACAGGCUUCUCAUUUUUCCUGUGCCUGACAACUGUCCCCGUUACACGCAGCUGAUAAAUGAAACUCAACAAACAGAAGAGUUUAUUAACUUCACCAGGAAACAUCAGAAAAUUCUGGAUCUGGUAAAGGAAAAAACUGGGCUGGAAAGUUUGAAUACAGUCUGGAAUGUAUAUGACACACUAUUUUGUGAGGCCAUUCAUAACAUGACUGCGCCCGACUGGGUGACUCCUGAUGUGAUGUCACAGCUGAAAACGAUAAAAGACUUUGAGUUGACAUCCAUAUUUGGACUCUACAAACAACAAGAGAAGAGUCGGCUGCAGGGAGGUCUCCUAUUGGCCAACAUUGUGGAGAACCUAAACAGGGUGGCUGCCAGCCAAUCAAAGCAGGAGCAGAAACUCUUCAUGCUGUCAGCACAUGACACCACUGUAACUGCUCUACAGAUGAGCUUAGAUGUGUUCAAUAAAUUGCAACCACCAUACGCCUCCUGUCAAAUCAUCGAGCUCUACAAAGACGACAAUGGCUCUUUUUCAGUUUCCCUGUUUUACCGUAACGACACCACAGUGGAGCCAUACCCGCAGAACAUACCAGGCUGCCCUCACGACUGCCCCCUGGAGGACUUUGUGAGACUGACAAAGCCCUUUAUUUCAGAUGACAGGGACAAAGAGUGCCAAGUGUCCCCCACAUGGACAGAUAAAGGAGUUAUCUUCAGUCUGGUGAUAUCCAUCUGCCUGCUGCUGCUCCUCAUCCUUCUUCUCCUCGGAAUCAUUUGUUGGCAAAAGACCCCAAUCAACACACAGGGAUACCAACAUGUGAUCAACGAGGAAGCCAGAGAGGAGUCCUGACAGAUGCAGAAGCUCCUUCCCAGUCUGAGAGAGUCCAGCCUUGCAAUGUCCGAGAUCACCGAUGAAGAUGAACUCUAGAGGACAUCUUAAAUUUUUUGAUUUUUUUUUUUGUUCUAAUGAAUCCUGUCUUCAAGAGGGACUGAGGAGAUAGGUGUACUUUUGUGGAAAAUCUCAAUAAUUAGGACUUGAAGUAGUUUUAAGUGGUUCACAAAUAGGACAGAGAGGAUAAAGUAAGUUCUAGCCAAGUGAUUUGUGGACUAUAAGUGUGUAUAUAUUCACGUGUACAGGGGUGUUGUACGUCGAUUUGUACGUGUGCAUGUGUAACCUGGUAUAGUGCUACAUGUAGGGACCCAAAAAUAGUUACAUCGAGGACAACUGGAUGAAGUAGGUCCUCCUCUCAUCCAAGAGGCUUCUUCACUUCUGACCUGGAUAACUGAGAACCUACACAGACUACUUGUGGGAUUUUUUUUUUAAAUAGUAUUUUAUCGACACAUUGUUCUUGUGAGGACAUUUUGAACCAGCUGGAUGAAAGGGUAUUUUAAGGUUGAAUAUUUAUAGACUGUCAAUGGUCUAUAUCAAUCUAAAUAUGAGUGUGUGGUUGUGUGCGUGUGCUUUAUGUUUAAUAACGUGGGGCUGAUGACCAAGGUGCCUUGAAAGUAUUGUAUUGAAAAUGAAGACUGUGCCUCUUCAGCUUUGUUCAUGUUCUUCAGGACCGCUCUAAGCCAUGUCCUUUUUUUGUCUCCAGACCAAGGCCAUUCUGUACCUGCAGGUUUUUCCCUUUACUUGUUUGAUAUCACCAGUGGAUCCACCUGAAGUUUCCAGAAUGCACACUGGUGGUCUAUCCGCAUCUAGGGCACAUGUGGUGCUGUCAAAAACUGGACAUAGCUCAGAGACUUGUUGUCCUUAAGGUGGAGCAAACCUGAGGGGGGCAGGCCCAAGGUGUGGCACUCUCUGUACUGAAACCUCUAUGGAUAAGAGUUUACUUUUUGUUCUUUUCUUAAACUCAACUAUGAGUUUUUAUUGUGAUUAGUUAGAACACUAGAAAAAAUUUAAAAAAAGGUUAAAAAAUUAUAACAUUUUUUGCUUUUAAAGAAGAAUCGUCAGGAACAUGCUACAGAUUGUUAAAACUCAUGAUAUUUCUACUGUAGCUUUGAAAAGGUAGAAAAAGUUGGAUUAUCAAUAACAUGAUAUUGGUAGUGGAUUGGUCGUGAGCACCACCCAGUGGCACAUCUGAGAAUGAGCAGGAAAAAAAUAGCUAAGGCAAAUAAAGAGACUUUUUUUUUAAUAACAAAGAAAAACUAUUCAAAAUGGAAUGACUUUUUACCAUAGUUACCGUACAUCACGACAUCACCACUGUGUCUGACAAAAAAUAAAGCGAUUGACUUUCUA